AUGUUUGGCCGAUCUGCGAUUUCCAGGGCCGGAGGUUUCCGUCCUGAGAACUUAGGGCAAAAUGCAUUGAACUUGAUUGGGAACAUAGGCUUCUCAUUGUUCGUCUUUGGGGUACUAGUGUUCACCAUCAUCGCCGCAACUUACGAGCCAGAAGACCCUCUUUUCCACCCAUCUGACAAAAUCACAACUUUCCUCACAUCCACAUCCAACGCCACAAUGAUAUCCGAUGACUCUGUUGUUAAAACCGGCGAAGAUUUCAUGACUGUUAACCAAACCGCAUUCGCCGAGUUUAUCAAUAUCACCGAUGUUGAGACCACCACUGAGGAGAAGACUGAGUCUAUGCAGUUAGAUUGUGAUGUUAGUAGCCCCAUUGAUUGCAAAGAUUCUGAGGUUUUCCACCUCAUGAUGAAAGCUACAAUAGAGAAGUUUAAAGACAUUCAUUUUUACAAAUUUGGAAAGCCUGCAGUUGGGGAAGGUGCCAAUUCGUGUGAUAUGGCGUGGCGUUAUAGGCCUAAGGAUGGGAAGAGUGCUGCUUUUUACAAGGACUAUAGGAGGUUUGUCAUUGGAAAGUCUGAGAAUUGUACUCUCAGUGUGGCAGAAAUCGGAGAAUACCAUUCGGGUUUGAAUGCAAGGAAGAGGAAGAAGAAUCAGAAAGCUGGGUUUGAGAAAACGACUGGAAAGAAAGAUGAUUUCUCCUUGCCUGUCGUUGGUGAAGCAGUGAAUGAUUCUCUUCCUAUGGUUGAAUCAGAGAAUGCGUUUAAAAGUGGAAAGUACUUGGUUUAUGUGGGUGGAGGAGAUAGGUGCAAGAGCAUGAACCAUUUUCUGUGGAGUUUCUUGUGUGCACUUGGCGAAGCACAGUAUUUGAACCGGACUUUGGUAAUGGAUUUGACUCUCUGUCUUUCUUCUAUCUACACAUCGUCUGGCCAGAACGAGGAAGGAAAGGACUUCCGGUUUUACUUUGAUUUCGAACAUCUGAAAGAAGCAGCUUCCGUCUUGGAUGAUGUUCAGUUUUGGUCACAGUGGGGGAAAUUGCAUAAGAAGAAAGAUAGAUUGAACCUUCAUCUCGUGGAAGAUUUUAGGAUCACGCCAAUGAAGCUUGCUGAUGUCAAAGAUACCUUGAUAAUGAGGAAGUUUGGGAAAGUAGAACCAGACAAUUAUUGGUACAGAGUUUGCGAAGGAGAUGCAGAAUCUGUUGUACAAAGACCAUGGCAUCUGUUAUGGAAAUCAAGAAGGUUGAUGGAAAUUGUCACUGCGAUUGCAUCUAGGUUAAAUUGGGAUUACGAUGCUGUACACAUCGAGAGAGGAGAGAAAGCAAGAAACAAGGAGCUUUGGCCUAAUCUUGAGAAGGAUACGUCCCCGAGCGCUCUCUUGUCAACCUUGCAGGACAAAGUAGAAGAGGGAAGGAAUCUCUACAUCGCAACAAAUGAAGCAGAAUUUUCGCUCUUCAACCCUUUGAAAGAUAAGUAUGCCACUCAUUUUCUUGACGAGAACAAAGAUCUGUGGGACGAGAGCAGUGAGUGGUAUUCAGAGACUACAAAGCUUAAUGGAGGCAACCCGGUCGAGUUCGAUGGUUACAUGAGAGCAUCUGUUGACACAGAAGUGUUCUUGAGAGGGAAGAAGCAGAUUGAAACAUUCAAUGAUCUUACAAACGACUGCAAAGAUGGAGUUGGGACCUGCAACGUUGCAGCUACUUGA